UGUGCAAUUGGUUGCCUCUCAUUCACUGCAUGCUGGGGACCCAGUCCACAUCCCAGGCUCGUACCUGAUGGAAUCCACCUGGUGGCCUCUUAGGUCUCAGGCUGUCGCUCAGUCCACUGAGUCACACCAGCCAGGACACCUAUGGAAUUUUAAAUGAAUAGUUUGCUAAUAGGUGAGGUGAUCAAUUCUAUAUCUAUGUAAACGGUAGAGUUCUACAUAUAAAUAUGGAUGACCUUGAUUAAUCCCAAACUACUCUCACAGAAACAUCGCUAGCCCUGGCUGGAUAUGUUGUAAAGAGAAAUGAGAUGCAGCAAUUUGGUGGGCGAUUCACCAGCAGUGCUGCUGAGUGAAAGAAACUACAUGAUUCUGCAUAGGCACCAGAUUCCAGGGCGAUUCAUCCCUAUCUUCUGUGUUCACACAGAACAUGGCACCUGCAAGGCUCAGGAGGGUGGGAGCAGUAGAGGUGACCGGAGUGUAACACAUGUUUUCCCUCUCCCAGACUGGCAAGGGAACGGGGCCUGCGUCCGUGACCUCACAGAGCCAGGCCAGCUCUGGGAAGAGCACCAGUUGUCCCUCCCAGCCUGCCUGAGCCCUCUAAUGAUGGAUGAGAGGGAGGAAGAUGAUGAAGAGGAAGCCUGGCUGCAGCUUCGGCCUGUGGAGCCCUUGCCCUCCCAGUGCUGCGGCAGUGGCUGCUCGCCAUGUGUGUUCGACCUGUAUGACCGAGACCUGGCAAGGUGGGAGGCAGCCCGAGCCAGCAAGGACAGAAGCCUGCUAAGAGGGAAGGAGUCACAGAGCUGCCCCUCCAAACUGAGCCCAGAGACGUUCCUGGCCUUCCGUAUCAGUGCCAUGGAAAAACUCACUGAAGACACCUACCGUGUCCAGUUUGUGCUACCUGGAAACAGCCAGCUCGGCCUGUGGCCUGGCCAGCACCUCAUCCUACGAGGGAUAGUAGAUGGCUUAGAAAUUCAGAGAGCCUACACGCCCAUCAGCCCUGCCAAUGCAGAAGGAUACUUCGAAGUUUUAAUCAAGUGCUACCCGACUGGGCUGAUGUCUCGCUGUGUUGAGUCCUGGAGAGCAGGAGUCACGGCUUUCUGGCGAGGACCUUUCGGAGGCUUCCUCUAUAAACCCAACCAGCACGGUGAGCUGCUCAUGCUGGCUGCGGGCACCGGCCUGGCCCCCAUGGUGCCCAUCCUGCACAGCAUCACGGACAACGCGGAUGACGAGACCUUCGUCACUCUGGUUGGCUGCUUCAAGACCUUUGAGGGCAUCUACCUGAAACCCUUUCUGGAGGAGCAGGCCCGUUUCUGGAACAUCCGCACCUUCUUUGUACUCAGCCAGGAGAGCUCCCCAGAGCAGCUUCCCUGGAGUUACCGGGAGAAGACCCGCUUCGGCCGCCUGGCCCAGGACCUGGUUGAAGAGCUGGUUGGCUCCUGUCGGAGAAAGCCGUUUGCACUGGUCUGUGGCUCUGCCGAGUUCACCAAGGACAUGGCCAGCUGCUUGCUGCGUGCAGGCCUGGCCGAGGACUCCUACUUCCUCUUCUAGGCCUGGCCUCCCCUCCAGAGCCCAGGCCAGGGGCCUGCCAGUGGGACGCAGGGAGGAGCACAGACAGGAAUCAGGAAAUGUGGAUGGAAGACCACCGCUGACUGGCCAGGCGGCCUUGGAUGGCCAUCUUUCCCUGUGUGCAUUUGGCUUCUCGUCCACACCACAGUUACCGUCUCCCUCAGGCCAGUCCUGCCGUGUGGAGGGGGAUGGGCUGCAGGGGCACAGGGUGGGGGGCGGUAACCAGCCUGGGAGUCAGGGAGGACACCUGGUCCAGGACGGUAGCGGUUGGUAGAAGGGGCUAGAAGAGCUCCCCUGGUUCCUCAGGUUGGGGGGCUCGUGCGGGGCUCCUAUCAGACUGUGCCCUGAACGUCUGCCCCAGAGCCUGCUUCCCUGGAGACUGGUGUCCCUGGGGGCCGCAGGGUUGGCUCAGGUGAGGUGUCCGUGAGGUGUCCGUGAAGUGUCCAGGGGAUGACCACAGGGGCGGCUGAGAGCCCUCUGGAGGAGGAGCUUGCCUUACGUACCUCCAGGCAGUGAGCCUGACACUGGGAAGGUCUUGGGCUCUGUGACCUGACCGCCCCCUCAGAGAGCAAGGUGGGGCCCACGUUACCCUUGCUCUGUAUUGGCCCUAGGCCAUUCCGCUUCCAGUGACUUCACUCUCAGUUGCCCUUUCCUGGCUCUGCCUCGAGAGCCCAGCCCAGAGUCCUUUUUCCAGCAAAAGAGGCUCAGCCACAAACUCCCCUCCCUCCUGCAGGCAGCCAGCUCAGCCCUCCCUUCAGCUCUGGUGCCCUAGUGACGGUUGCUAUGGAGAUCUAAAGAUAGAGCAGGAGUCAGGAGACCUGGGUCCUUCUCCCUGCUCUGCCCACUGAGUGGAGGCUGAUUCCCAUCCACCGGCCCACACCCCUUCGCUACAUACCCGCCCCCUCCAUCCUGCAUGGGGCAUGGCCUCCCCAGGGAAGCCAGCGCCCCUGGGCAGCGCACUGCAGUUAAUGAAUUCUGCUUUCCACAGCCUGAGCCCCAGAGCGCUGUGCCUGCUCAGGCUGGCUACAGGCAUUCCCAGAAUCAGAAUAUUAAGUCAUGGACUCUCAGAAUGAGAGAACCACAGAAUCGUGGAGUUAGAAUUUUACAGUCAUAGAAUCACAGUCCUCGUUGUAUCAGAGAUUCAAGUUCAGGACUGCAAAGAGCAUCCAGUCUGCUAGACCCACUGUGUCCACAGGGAAACCAAGGCCCAGGGAGGCCGAGUGACCUGAAGACAGUGAAUAGUUCCCUGCAGGGCCAGCCCCAGAAGCCAGGUCCCCCAGAGGGAGCCUGUGCUGAGCUCAGAGCUGGCGGUUCCUGUACUGGGCUCCACAGGACACGAGGGUUCCUGGCCCAGCAGCAGGGAAGGGAUGGCCAGGUGGGGUCUCCAGCCCCCCUUCCACCAGAGCAGCCUCAUUUUUAUCCCAUUUAUGUCUUGGGGCUUGGAUUCAUUUUCAUUUGUACAAAAAGGGUUUCCUUGCACCACCCAAAAAGGGUUUCCUUGCAACAAAUCUCUGUAGUGUGCCAUGUUCAGUAAAUAAUCAUGACAAGCAGUUGGGGGACGGUGCCCAAGGUGUCAGACUGCCUCACAGGCAGAGCCCCACGGUCAGGUACACGCAGGGAUACAGGACGUGCCCCGCACCCAGAGCCCCACGCACACGCCCACACUGCAGGCUCCGAUGGUCCGGUGGUAGAGACUGCGUUUUCAUCUUGUUGAGCCCAGAGAUUCCCAAGCUUAUCUAACCGUAGGACCUUUUUAUCCACUAGAAUCUGCUGAGACCUGAGACCCGUGGAGUGUGCUUGGGGAAACGCCGGUCUGUGGCAGAGGCUCUUUCAGCACAGUGAUGUGUGGGAGGGCCCUGCGCGGAGGCAGAGGUCCGGCCAGUGGCUGGCAUGGGCAGGAUGCACGUCCACCCUCAGGGCCGCGGGAACCUGGGCAUCUUCCUUCCAGCUCCCUCGCCUCCAGUCAGCACAUCCGACCGAGUCUCCUCAUGGCUACUGGAGGGCCUGCUGGGAGCCAGGCUUUGUUCCAGCCACCGAGGAAACAGCACUGAGAAGGCUUGAGCAGUUCUGGCAAGCUCCACGGGGGAGCCUACUGCUCG